AUGGGUAAUUGUAAUGUGAUGGACAAAAAAGAAGAAUUUUAAGAAGCUAGUAUUUGUAUCUUUAAAUUUAGUGUAAUCAAUAAGAAAUUACGAAAUCUUAGAUAUCCUUGGAAAAGGAGGAUUUGGCAAGGUUUUUAAAGUAAAAAGAAAAAAAAAUAAUUAGCUUUAUGCUAUGAAAAUAAUGUCAAAAGCUAAGUAAAUUGUUUUAGAUAUUUAGAAUUAUAUAAAAAAAGAGCAUUACAGCAGUUAUUAAUGAAAAGAACUUACUAUCACAAUUGCAUCAUCCUUUUAUCGUGAAUAUGCAUUCAGCAUUUUAAGAUAGAGAGAAUUUAUAUUUAGUGCUUGAUCUUUUAAGUGGAGGUGAUUUAAGAUAUCAUAUUUAUAAAAACAAAAGGUUUUCAGAGGAGGAAGCAUGUAAAAUAUUUGGUAAUACUUAAAGAAUUUUUUGCUGCAUGUAUAAUUAUAAGCUUGGAAUAUUUACAUUAAUAAGGAAUAAUACAUAGGGAUCUUAAACCAGAAAACUUAGUUUUAGAUGAAUAGGGAUUUCUUAGAUUAACAGAUAUGGGAAUAGCAAGAGUUUGGAGACCAGAAAAUGCUUCUGAUACUAGUGGAACACCAGGUUAUAUGGCACCUGAAGUUAUGUGUAAAUAAAAUCAUGGUAUUGCUGCUGACUUUUUUGCUUUGGGAGUUAUAAUAUAUGAAUGUAUGCUUGGAAGACGACCUUAUGUUGGAAAAACAAGAUAAGAAAUUAGAGAGUAAAUCCUAUCAAAAUAAGUUCAAAUUAAAAGAUCAUAAUUACCUGUUGCUUGGACAAUAGAAGCAGGAGAUUUUGUUAAUAAAGUAUAUUUUUAAUAUUAUUUUUUAGCUUAUUUAAAGAAAACCAGAAAAAAGAUUAGGAACUAUUAAUCCUUCUGAUGUUAAGAAUCAUCCUUGGUUUAAUUCUUUUGACUGGGAUAAAUUAAAUUAAAAAAAAUAUGAUCCACCCUAUUAUCCUAAAAAAUUUAAUGGAGUUGAAGGAACACAAGAUGAUACAAUUGAAGAUAAAAAUGAAAACAAUUUCAUAUUACUCAGAAAUAACACUCUUUGUGGUAUUAUAGAUUAAUUAUACUUAAGAAUAAUUUAACGAGUAUUGUUAUAAUCAGGAAGCCUGUAUUAAAAAAUGA